AUGUCCAAAAGCUUGAAAAAGAAAAACCACUGGACCAGCAAAGUCCAUGAGAGUGUCAUUGGCAGGAACCCGGAGGGCCAGCUGGGUUUUGAACUGAAGGGGGGCGCCGAGAAUGGACAAUUCCCCUACCUGGGGGAGGUGAAGCCUGGCAAGGUGGCCUAUGAGAGCGGCAGUAAGUUGGUGUCGGAGGAGCUGCUGCUGGAGGUGAAUGAGACCCCUGUGGCGGGACUCACCAUCAGGGACGUGCUGGCCGUCAUCAAACACUGCAAGGACCCCCUCCGGCUCAAGUGUGUCAAGCAAGGAGGAAUUGUUGAUAAGGAUCUUCGUCACUACCUCAACUUACGAUUUCAGAAGGGUUCUGUGGACCACGAACUUCAACAAAUCAUCCGUGAUAACCUCUACCUCCGCACGGUGCCAUGCACCACAAGGCCACAUAAGGAGGGCGAGGUUCCUGGAGUGGACUAUAUUUUCAUCACAGUUGAAGAUUUUAUGGAAUUAGAGAAAAGCGGUGCUCUCCUAGAAAGUGGGACCUAUGAAGACAAUUACUAUGGGACCCCGAAACCUCCAGCAGAACCAACACCAUUAUUGUUAAAUGUAACAGACCAGAUACUUCCAGGAGCCACUCCAAGUGCUGAAGGAAAACGGAAGAGGAACAAAUCAGUGAGCAACAUGGAAAAAGCAAGUAUAGAGCCUCCAGAGGAGGAAGAGGAAGAGAGGCCUGUGGUCAAUGGCAAUGGAGUCCUAGUAACUCCAGAAUCCAGUGAAAAUGAAGACAAGAGUGCAGGUGCCUCAGGGGAGACUCCCUCCCAGCCUUAUCCUGCACCAGUGUACAGUCAGCCCGAGGAGCUAAAGGAGCAGAUGGAUGAUGCAAAGCCAACUAAACCUGAAGACAAUGAUGAAUCUGACCCCUUGCCUGACAACUGGGAAAUGGCCUAUACAGAAAAGGGUGAAGUCUACUUCAUUGACCAUAACACAAAGACAACAUCAUGGCUGGAUCCACGACUUGCGAAAAAGGCUAAACCUCCAGAAGAGUGCAAAGAAAAUGAGCUUCCGUAUGGCUGGGAAAAAAUCGAUGACCCCAUAUAUGGCACCUAUUAUGUUGACCACAUAAACAGAAGAACACAGUUUGAAAACCCUGUCCUGGAAGCAAAACGGAAGCUACAGCAACAUAACAUGCCCCACACAGAACUUGGAACAAAGCCCCUGCAGGCCCCAGGUUUCCGAGAAAAACCACUCUUCACCCGGGAUGCAUCCCAGUUGAAGGGAACAUUCCUCAGCACCACGCUAAAAAAGAGCAACAUGGGUUUUGGAUUUACCAUUAUUGGCGGAGAUGAGCCUGACGAGUUUCUGCAGGUGAAAAGUGUGAUUCCUGACGGACCUGCAGCACAAGAUGGGAAAAUGGAAACAGGUGAUGUCAUUGUCUAUAUUAAUGAAGUUUGUGUCCUCGGACACACUCAUGCCGAUGUAGUCAAACUUUUCCAGUCUGUUCCUAUUGGUCAGAGUGUCAACCUGGUGUUGUGUCGUGGCUACCCCUUGCCCUUUGAUCCUGAAGAUCCUGCUAACAGCAUGGUGCCACCCCUUGCAAUAAUGGAGAGACAACCGCCAGUGAUGGUCAAUGGAAGACAUAACUAUGAAACAUAUUUAGAAUACAUUUCUCGGACCUCACAAUCUGUUCCUGAUAUAACAGAUCGGCCACCUCAUUCUUUGCACUCCAUGCCAGCAGAUGGCCAACUAGAUGGCACGUAUCCACCACCUGUCCAUGACGACAAUGUGUCUAUGGCAUCCUCUGGGGCCACCCAAGCUGAACUUAUGACCUUAACCAUUGUGAAAGGUGCCCAGGGCUUUGGAUUCACUAUUGCCGACAGCCCUACAGGACAGCGGGUGAAACAAAUACUUGACAUUCAGGGAUGCCCUGGCCUGUGUGAAGGUGACCUCAUUGUGGAGAUCAACCAGCAGAAUGCACAGAACCUGAGCCAUACAGAAGUAGUGGAUAUACUUAAGGACUGUCCCAUUGGAAGUGAGACUUCAUUGAUUAUCCAUCGAGGAGGUUUCUUUUCUCCAUGGAAAACUCCAAAGCCAGUAAUGGACCGAUGGGAGAACCAAGGCAGUCCUCAGACGAGUUUAUCUGCUCCGGCCAUACCACAGAACCUGCCCUUCCCUCCCGCCCUCCACAGGAGCUCCUUUCCUGACUCAACAGAGGCCUUUGACCCAAGGAAGCCUGACCCAUAUGAGCUCUACGAGAAAUCUAGAGCCAUUUAUGAAAGUAGGCAACAAGUGCCACCCAGGACCAGUUUUCGAAUGGAUUCCUCUGGUCCAGAUUAUAAAGAGCUGGAUGUUCACCUUCGGAGAAUGGAGUCUGGAUUUGGCUUCAGAAUCCUUGGGGGAGAUGAGCCUGGACAGCCUAUUUUGAUUGGGGCUGUCAUUGCCAUGGGCUCCGCUGACAGAGAUGGCCGCCUACACCCAGGAGAUGAGCUUGUCUAUGUCGACGGGAUUCCAGUGGCUGGCAAGACUCACCGCUAUGUCAUCGACCUUAUGCACCAUGCAGCCCGGAAUGGGCAGGUUAACCUCACUGUGAGAAGAAAGGUGCUAUGUGGAGGAGAGCCCUGCCCAGAGAAUGGGAGGAGUCCAGGUUCUGUGUCAACCCACCACAGCUCUCCACGCAGUGACUACGCAACCUACACCAACAGUAACCAUGCUGCCCCCAGCAGCAAUGCCUCUCCCCCUGAUGGCUUCGCCUCCCACAGCUUACAGACCAGCGAUGUGAUCAUUCACCGCAAAGAGAAUGAAGGCUUCGGCUUUGUCAUCAUCAGCUCCUUGAACAGGCCUGAGUCUGGAUCCACAAUAACUGUGCCCCAUAAAAUCGGACGCAUCAUUGAUGGCAGUCCUGCCGAUCGCUGUGCCAAACUAAAGGUGGGAGACCGGAUACUAGCCGUGAAUGGCCAGUCCAUCAUCAACAUGCCUCAUGCAGACAUCGUGAAGCUCAUCAAAGAUGCAGGUCUCAGUGUCACUCUUCGCAUCAUUCCUCAGGAGGAGCUCAGCAGCCCCACCUCGGCGCCCAGCUCUGAGAAGCAGAGUCCGAUGGCCCAGCAGCACAGCCCCUUGGCCCAGCCGAGUCCAGCCACCCCCAACAGCCCUGUCGCCCAGCCAGCUCCUCCUCAGCCACUUCAGCUUCAAGGACAUGAAAACAGUUACAGGUCAGAAGUAAAAGCCAGGCAAGAUGUGAAGCCAGACAUCCGACAGCCUCCAUUCACAGACUACCGGCAGCCCCCACUGGACUACCGGCAGCCCCCUGGAGGGGACUACCAGCAGCCCCCGCCCUUGGACUACAGGCAGCCACCGCUGUUGGACUACAGGCAGCACUCCCCGGACACCCGGCAGUACCCUCUGUCAGACUACCGGCAGCCCCAGGAUUUUGAUUAUUUCACUGUGGACAUGGAGAAAGGAGCCAAAGGGUUUGGAUUCAGCAUCCGUGGAGGAAGGGAAUACAAAAUGGAUUUGUACGUGUUGAGACUGGCAGAAGAUGGGCCAGCGAUACGGAAUGGAAGGAUGAGGGUAGGAGAUCAAAUCAUUGAAAUCAAUGGGGAAAGUACAAGGGACAUGACCCACGCCAGAGCAAUAGAACUCAUCAAAUCUGGAGGAAGAAGAGUGAGGUUACUGCUAAAGCGCGGCACAGGCCAAGUCCCGGAGUAUGACGAAUCCACCUCCUGGAGUUCUCCCGCUGCCGCCUCCCCAGGUCUGCCGGAAGUAGGCGUCUCGCUCGAGGACGUCCUCUCUCCAUUCUCUCCAUCACAUCCAGUCCCACCCUCCGACCCUUCCCACCAGAUAAGCCCAGACCCAACUUGGGAUAUCAAAAGGGAACACGACGUUAGGAAACCAAAGGAGCUUUCAGCCGGCGGCCAGAAGAAGCAGCGCCUCGGGGAGCAGAGCGAGCGCUCGGCGAGCCCGCAGAGGGUCGCGCGGCCGAGGCUCGAGGAGGCGCCCUGCGGCCAGGGGCGGCCCGAGGCCGGCAGCACUGCGCGCAAGGCCGCCGUUGCGCCCGGGCCUUGGAAAGUGCCGGGCUCCGACAAGCUGCCUGGCGCCCUCAAACCCGGCGCCUCGGCCGCCAGCAGAUGA